UCUUAUCAAUUGUCCUGGUGUCACGUCAAUGCAUUUCCUUGUGUCGCUUUGAUACUCGUGGAAGUUUGGAAUUCAGUUGUUCACCGAGUACUAUGGGUAAAGGAGUGUACACAGAUCUUUCUAUCAUAUCAUCCAAGAUCUUUUUAAGAAUUGCCGGUGCUUGGAUCGCUAUGAACAGUGCUGAAGAAUUCCGAAGAAAAAUCUCGUUGCUUAACGUCGCUAUUGUAGCUACGUACAGCCUAUCUGUGAACACUAUGAAUAUUCAUUACUUUUGGGGUAAUGAUAUCAGCUAUUGCGUGUACUCUUUCUGCAACAUACUGUGUGUUACUUUAGCAUUAGCCAAAGUGACCGUGUUACGAAUUCGGAGAUUUGAACUGGCAGACGUGGUUGCCUAUGCGGAAAAGCAUUUCUGGCAUUACAACUACGAUGCUCAGGAGCAGUUAUAUUUCGCUCAGUGUCAAGGGCUCUGCAAAUCUUUUAUCUACUUUGUAUUUAUCAUUCCAGUAUUCGUGUUAUUCAGUUACGUGAUCACACCCAUCCUUUCAAACGUUGGACUUAAUAAAUCAGAGAGACUACUUAUAUUCGAAGUACGGUCCAGCUGGCCUUUAAGGGAAACACCCUAUUACGAAAUAUUAUUCACGUGGCAGGCGAUUGUUGUGUUCGUACUGUUCGUUGCGUAUAUUUGCCCCGACGUCUUCUUGUGCGUUCUGAAUAUACACGUGAUCUGUCAGUUUCGCAUCGUGCAAUAUAAAAUGUUGCAUUUUUGGAACUCCAAUGUUAAAGACACAGACACAGUCAGAUACAGUGCUCAAUGCUCCGUAGCUUUGAAGAAAUGUAUUCAACAGCAUCAAUCGCUUAUUGAAUUCUGCGAGAAGCUCGAACACGUGUUCUCGUACACAGUUUUAUUUCAUAUGGUCAUUUUCAGUCUGUUAAUGGGUUUCGAUUGCUAUGAAAUAAUUUUGUCAGACGCAAGUACUUCAAGACGUUUGCUUUUCGUGUUCCACGUAUUGGGUAGCUUUAUCCACUUAAUGAUAUUCACGUACACUUGCCACGGUUUGAUGGAAGAAAGCACAAAUAUUAUUACAACGAUAUAUUUCGGAUCCUGGAAUACUUUGCCAAUGGAUAAAAUCGGCAGAUCACUCAGAUCGGAUGUGAAAAUGAUUAUGACCAGGUCAUUGAAACCUUGUCGUCUGACUGCUGGUGGAUUUUUUCCUGUCUCCUUAGAGACCUUUACUGGGCUUGCAAGUUCCACGUUUUCUUACUUUACUCUUUUGAGGGAAUCGUUCAUGAGAAACGAAGGCUAA